AUGCAGGUAUCUUCUAGUCCUACUACGCCCUCUUCUAAUGUAAAUGAUACAAACACCACGAAACCCAUCUACCAACUCGAUGGUCCCUACGAAGUGAAAGAAAUCGAAAGCUCAGAUGGAACACACUGCAAUGCUACAAUUUUUGUUUUCGAGCCUGCAUGGGUUUCGAGCUUCUCAGUGUUAUACAGUGACAAUGGCAUAGAAUGGAAUGAAGUCGUAGCGAGUGGCAGAAGGCGUAAGGUUUUUAUUGGCAGUACGGAAUCGGGAUCGGUCAGAAAAUUUACGAUUGUAGACCAGUCGAUUAAAGUUCAAUACGUUCGAAUUGUUCCAAAAACAUGGGUAAACUGGGUCUGUAUGCGCGUCGAGUUGUAUGGCUGCGAUUCCAAACUUUCUGUUGGUAUAAGCAAUGGCUUGAUAAGACAGAGCGCCAUCACCGCAAACUCCAGUAAAAUGGGCAAAGAACCUUGGCGUGGCCGACUGAACAACCCAUUUGGAUGCUGGUGUGCUGCUGCAUUGACUGAUGUAGAACUGUAUAUUGAUCUAGCCUUCGUCUAUCGCUUACGGUCCUUCGCUGCUCAAGGUAAUCCUGAUCCUAUGACGUCUGAGUGGGUUACACAUGUUUCUGUUAUGUACAAAGAGAGAGUAAAUGAUGACUGGACGUUUUAUGGAUCCAAUGGAGUCACUACGGUCUUUAAAACAAACUAUGACAGGGAUGGAGUAGUGAAAAAUAACUUCGAGCCGAAAAUUGAUGCUUCUAUCAUCAAGUUCUUUAGAUUCAAUUACUUUAACGCUAUUUGCAUGAGAGUCGAACUGUAUGGUUAUAGAGCUGAAAUGGAACCUCUUGGUAUUGAAAACUCUGCAAUUCCUAACGAUUGGUUUGCGUCUCCUUUUCGCUUACCCGGACGAAGUCGGUUAAACGGACCCUUGGCCUUCACGUUUUCUAUGACUUCUCCACCUUCGCGGUUUUUACAGGUGAAACUUGGGACCGAGAAAAUCAUUACCGGAAUAGCAAGUAAAGGAGGAGUGGCUGUAUAUGCAAAUAACUUUAGUAUCCUUUAUAGCAAGGAUCAAGUUUUCUGGACCUACUAUCAGGAGAAAGGAAUUACAAAGAUGUUUUCUUGCAAUAACGAUGGAACCACUAAACUUGAUGCUGUCCGAAAUCCUUUUACUGCUGCAUACAUCAGGAUACAAUUCAAUUCAGCGAUUACAAUUUCUUUAGUUCAUACCGGAGUUCCUUUUACAUUUGAAGUUUUUGGCCAAAAUGGGGCGGAUCAAAGAUGGGGAACGACCGCUCAGGACACUGCUGAUUUACAUGAUCAAACUCUAGCUGAAGGAACCUCAACUCUGGGGUGA